AUGUCGUCAAGAUCUUCUACCCGAGAAAGAGAAAGACCUAGGAACUCUCCUUAUCAGCAUUAUAAACAAGAUAUAUAUAAGCCACCAUCAAUGGAAAGUAUUCUUGCUAGUCUAAGCACCAAAGUGAAAUCUUUAGAAGACAAGUAUAUGGAUUUCGUCAACUAUUGUGCCAGACUACUAAUGGAAAAUAAAGCAAUCAUUGAAAAAAGGCUGGAAAAUGACAUAACCACAAACUCCACAAAUUACUAUAGUGAGCACAGUACAGAUAAAGAAAAAAUCGAUAAAGACUUAGAAUUUGUGAUGAGUGUAAAAAAUUCUUAUUCAUCCCCCAGAAAUUUUGACACUUUUGAUAGGUUUUCUCAUUAUAUAAAAGAAGCAGAAGAAGAGAUUUUAAAUUUAUGUGUAAAUGAUAUUUUUGAUAUGGACAGCAAUGAAAUUAAGCGUAAUGUUUUGCAAAUAUUCAAUAUUUUAUCCCGCCAAAUUUCUGAAAUUGUAACAAUAAGUGGCUCUUCACAAGAAUUAAAUGAAAAAAUACUUGUUUUGACUACAGAAAAAAAUAAGCUAGAAGAAAUUUUGGAAGAAAAAAGAUCUAGUGAUUUACAGAUAAUGAGAGAAAAAAUGAGUAAAUUGGAAGAGCUUGAAAAAGAAUUAGCAAAAAAAGAGCUGGAUUUAAAUAAUGAAAUUGGGGAGAAUAGGAAAAAAUAUGAAAAUGAGAGGCAAGAGAUCAUUAAUAGCUAUUGCAAAAAAAUUAAACAAUUAGAGCAGGAUAUUCAAAACUUUAAAGAAGAAAGACAGUCAUUGACUUUAGCGUUAAAUGAAGCUGAAGAAAGGCAGAAAAUGAUUGAGCCGAUGCUAAAAAAGUAUGAAGAAUUAAAAAUCAGCAGCAAAAAACUAGCUGCAGCUGCAGAAAAUUAUGAAAAAUUGUAUGAGUCAGUUAAAGGGUGAGCAGAGAACGAAUUUUCUAAUGCAAAUAUGGGAUUUGAUGAAAAAUUCAGAGAAUACAAUAAAAGGAUUGAUGAAUUUGCUAGCAAAUUUGAAAAAUUAAAGCAGCAGUGCAAGCAAUAUCUUGAAAAGCAUUUAGAAAAAGUCUUAAUCAUGAACAAACAAAUAAAAGCAAAAAAUGAUGAAAAUACCAAAAAGGAAAUAAAGGACUGCAAAGAUAAAUUUGAUUCCAUUUUGCAAAAAAAUAAAGCUGAAAAUGAAAUGAAAUUCAAGAAACUUACAGAAAUUAUUGGAGAUCUUGAAGAGGACAGAGCUCAAAUGACCAAAAAAUAUAAAGAAAUUGAAGCAGAAAAUAUAAUUUUGAAAGAAAAAUGCAGCAAAAUUUCUGAAUAUGAAAAAGAGGCAAGGGAAAUUGAAGAAAUUUAUUCGCAGUUUAAGAAACUUAAAGAAAGCUAUUCAACGUCAUUGAAACACAUAAAAGCAAAAGAAAAUGAAAUUGGGCAGCUAAAGAUGGUGAAUAAAGAAAAUGAAGAAAAAAUAAUCCAGCUUUCAAAGGCAAACUCAAACCAGGAAAUUUCUAUUCAAAAGCUGCAAACUGAGCUUGAAGAGAAAAUCCAUAAUUAUGAAGAAGAAAUUGGAAAAUUAAAUAAAACUAUACUUCAGAAUGAAUCAAAAGAGGACCAAUUGAUAAGAGAAAUAGAAGAACUCAAUAUAAUUAAAGAAAAAAUUAUAAAUGAAAUAAAAGAAAAAGAAGAAGAAAUAAUUCAGUUAUCGAGACUAUUGGAUGAGAAAUCAGAAUCUUUAAAGGAUACCUUGGAGAAAUUAGAAGAUUUGCAAGAAAGCUAUGAAAUAAAGAUAAAAGAAAGCAAUGGUGAAAAUAAUUUAUUGAGAUCAGAAAAUGAAGAAAUAAUCAUAGAAAAUAACGCGGUAAGAUCAGAAAACGAAGAAAUAGCUAUUGAAAACAAUAAGCUAAAAGAAGAAAUGAAAAAUUUCGAUUUACGAGAAAUAAACCAUAAAAAACAAUAUGACCAAGUAAAGAAAAAAAUUGAUGAAUUAGAAGAUUGUAUCACUAUUUUGCAAGAAGAAAAUAUCGAAAUGUCCAACCGUUUAAAAUCUCAAGAUAUAUUAGUAGAUGACCUUAAUAAGAAAUAUGCCGAUAGUGAAAAAUCAUGUGCAGAGUUAAAUGCAGAAAAUAUAAGAACAAUUAAUAUUAUUAAAAGCAUGAGCAAUGAUAUCCGUAAUUUGGAAAAUGAUAGGAAUAUAAAAGAUGAAGAAAUCAUAAAAAGCGAAAAAUUAUGUUCAGAACUAAAUGCAGAAAAUAUAAGAAUGGCUAAUAAUAUUCAAAGCAUGAAUAAUGAUAUUCAAAAUAUGAAAAAUGAGAUAAAGGUUAAAAAUGAAGAAAUUAUAAAAAGUGACCAAGAACUUAUGAUAAUUAAAGAUGAAAAUAGAAUUUUAUCUAAAAAACUUUAUGAAAGUACUAAAGAGUGCCAGGAUUCUCAAAAUAAAACUGUAUAUUAUUUGUCAAAUUAUAGCAGUGUUCUCAACUCGAUGAUUGAAUCGUUGUCCAUUCGAUAUGAAUCUGCUAUAAAAAUCACUAAAGAAAAACUGUGUAAAGCAGAAAAAAGCAUUUACAAGCUACAAAAUAUUUUGCCCUCAUUAAUUGAUGCAAAAAUCAUCAAAUUAUCUAAAUUGAAUACCCAAAUUACUGAUUUGACAGAGGCAAAAAUCAUGAAUAUGAUUAAUGAGAAACAGCAUGGACUUGAGUAUUUAAUCAAUGAAUCUGAAGGAUUUUUAUUGUCAAGAAUAGAGACUGUAAAUGAAAAUAUUGAAGCAAAACUCCAAUCAGAUGAAAUUCUGUCAAAAAAGCUUGAAAACUUGGUAAAAGAAUACAACUUAAUAAAAGAAGAGGUCAGUAGUACACCAGACGUAGAAUGGAUAUAUAAGGAUAUGGAGAACUUAAAAAAGUCGUUAUUUGAUAUAGAAAGCAAAUGAAAGCAAGCUACAAGUGAAAUAGAACUCAAAGAAAUCGAACUAAAUUCAUAUAAAGAAAGGAUUUUCUCUAUGGAAAAUGAAAUUAGUAUGCUAAAGCAAUAUAAAGAAAGAAGCUUUUUAAUGGAAAAUGAAAUCGAAAUUCUAAAAAAUAAUUUGGCAGAAAAAGAAAGUAACAAUAACAGUGAAAUGCUGCUUCUUGAACUAAACUCUUUGCAGGUAAAAUAUGAUCAUGCCUACAAAGACUUAGUAGAUGCAAGAAGCGAUCUUGAUAAGGCUAAACGAGAUAUAGAAAAACUUUCAAUUGAAAAUUCUAAUCAAAAUAGAAUAUCAGUGUCUGAACAUCAAGAACAAAUUGAGAAUUUGCAAAUGCAGCUUAAUGAAAGCUUAAAUAAUGAAAAUGUACUUAAAACACAAAUAGAAGAGCUGAGAAAUGAUAUAACAGGGCUGACUGUGCUCAAUAAUGAAAUUCAAAAACAGAGGUAUUCUCUUGAGUCAAAUUCUAAAGAUUCAGAGCAAAAGCUAGAGCACGAAAUAAAACAGCUUGAAGAUCGUAUUCAACUUAGAGAAGAAAAGAUUGCAGAAUUAGAAUGCUAUAUUAGCUCAGCAGAAGAAGCACUAGGAGGAUUCUUUGAUGAGAAUUUAGAAAAAUCCAUUAAAAAUUUAGUAUCACAGCGUACCCAAGCUAUUAAAAAGCCUCCCAGACCUCUUCCUGCUUCAUCAAAAUUCCGAAGCCGAUCUAGAGAGCACACUACAAAUAUCGAGCACAAUGAGCCUAUAGUAAUCUGCAAUACUGAAGACUCCAAAAAUUCUGACAGAUCCUGGUCAUCCCUUCCUCCUCCAGAAUCAGAACUGCAAGAAGAGUUAAAAGAGCAGCUUAACAUAGGAGAAACUCAAACUAAACAAAUUAAGCUUCUAAAAGAAAAUAUCAGAGACUUAGAAAAUCAAUUGAAAAGAGCAGAAAGGUUUAAGGAAACUGAAGGCAACUUUAAUAUUGAAAUGUUGAAAGACCUUAUGAUGAAACUAAUAAAAAUAAUGCCUCCACUUACAAAUGAAGCAGAAGGGAUGAUAACUGUAAUUCUCACAAUGAUGUCUGUACCAAAAAAUGAAAUGAACCAGCUUCAAGAUGAAAGAAGGAAUUUAAAGUCGUCAGGUGGCCUUUUUAAAUUUUUCAAUAAAAAAUAA